GUCAAGCAAAGGAAGGAGCAGCUGGGAGUCCCACACUUCGCCCUCUCCCUCUCGAAAAAAUACUCCAAGUGUAAUAACUCUCCACACGCUCUUCUCUGUUGUUUUUGACGCGCAUCUGUGGUCUGCUGUCGGCAGAUUACAAUCGGCUGGCUCAUGGUGCUGAGAAGGAGAAAACUGUGAGAAGGAGGAGAAAGACAGGCAAGAGGAAAAACUCUGGCCGCGCCGUUUUGGAGUUGGACUUUCAGCGUUAGAAAAAAAAAAAAAAAAGAAAGGUCCAAGGCAUCUCCAGAGGAACAUCUGCAAGUUAAGAAGAAGAAGAAAGGCGAACGCAAGCAUUUUUUCCCUUCAAGAAAAAUCAAGAACAAGAAGAGAAAUCAUCCAGGAAGAAAUUACGGCAUCUCCAUGAGGUCCUAAGGAAUGAGCAAUUGCCAUGGAAACCCAGUCCCAGGCCAGUUCAGCAGCUGAGAAGAAGAAGAGGGUGGAGAGCAUCGUGGCUACGAAGGGCUCAUCGGCACGCACUGACAUCAGCGAGAAGGCGGUGGCCUCCAGCACCACCUCAAACGAAGACGAGAGUUCGGGCACACCGUACCACCGCGAGAGGCGCAAUGCCAUCAGCUCCCAGGCCCAGACGCCAGGCACCCUCGACAGAACUGUGAACGAGGAACCCUCCACCUCCACUGAAGAACGCCCGUCCCUUCUCAAGAAGGAGCUGCAUGGCUCCCUUCCCCAUCUCUCUGACCAUGCCCUGCCCUACAGGGGCACACUGUUUGCCAUGGACCCCCGUAAUGGCUACCUAGACUCGCACUACCCUGCUCCACCGUUCUUCCCCACCUUCCAUCCUCCAGUGCCCAUUGAUGACAGACACACCCAAGGACGUUACAUCUAUGAGCCAUCACCCGUGCCCCCUCUUCACGUGCCUCCAGCGCUGGCAGGCAGUCCGACUUUCUCCGACAUCUCCCUCAUUCGGAUCUCCCCCCAGCGAAACCCGUCCAUGGGGGCGGAGUCGCCCUUCCACCCUCCACACCCCUACAUCAGCCCAUACAUGGACUACAUCCGCUCGCUCCACAGCAGCCCCUCUAUCUCCGUCGUUCCAGCCACCCGGGGCCUCAGCCCGGCAGAUGCGCCUCACACCGGUCUGACCACGGCCGAGUACUACCACCAGAUGGCUCUGCUGGCAGGCCACCGCAGCCCGUACACGGCAGACCUUCUCCCGUCUGUGGCGUCUCCAGCCGGGGCGAGCAGCGCCAAUACCCUGCACAUGGAGUACCUGCAGGCAAUGGAGAGUUCCCGCUUCCCAAGUCCAAGGCUUCCAGCACGACCUAACAGGAAGCGCCCCCUGACCAUCUCGCCACUCUCCGAGCACAGCCUCGACCUGCAGACUAUGAUCCGUAACUCCCCGAACGCAAUAGUUACCACGCUGAUGAACAGCUCCCGCUCUAGCUCCUCCACCAGCGGCUCCUACGGCCAUCUCUCCGCCAGAGCAAUCAGCCCGGCGCUGAGCUUCGCCUACCCUCCAACUCCGGUGGCGUUACAUGUGCACCAUCAGCUGAUGGGCCGUCAGCCGGGGAUCGUGGGCUCCGCAUUCGGCCACAGCCCGCCUUUAGUCCAUCCGACACCGGCCUUUGCCACCCAGCGUCCUGUGCCUGGCAUCCCUCCUACCGGGCUCGGCGCCAGCGAUCGCUCAGCCAUCUCCAACGACUCGUCACAGGCCAAACCGACAAGCGAAUCAGCUGUGAGCAGCACAGGCGACCCAUUGCAUCACAAACGGUCAAAAAUGAAACCGGAGGAUGAGCUGCCGAGUCCAGGAUCGGUGAGUGUGCAGGACCAUCCUGAUGGGAUAACUCUGGUGAAGGAAGAAGGGGACAAAGACGAGAGCAAACAGGAGCCGGAGGUGGUUUACGAGACAAACUGCCACUGGGAGAACUGCUGCCGUGAGUUUGACACCCAGGAGCAGCUGGUACAACACAUCAACAAUGACCACAUCCAUGGUGAAAAGAAGGAGUUUGUGUGUCGGUGGGAGGAAUGCUCUCGAGAGCAGAAGCCCUUCAAGGCGCAGUACAUGCUGGUGGUCCACAUGCGCAGACAUACUGGGGAAAAACCACACAAGUGCACAUUUGAAGGCUGCGCCAAGGCCUACUCCCGCCUGGAAAACCUGAAAACUCACUUACGUUCCCAUACGGGUGAGAAGCCUUAUGUGUGUGAACAUGAAGGCUGUAACAAGGCUUUUUCCAAUGCAUCGGAUCGGGCCAAGCAUCAGAACCGCACGCACUCCAAUGAGAAACCUUACGUGUGCAAAAUCCCAGGCUGCACCAAACGCUACACAGACCCCAGCUCCUUACGGAAGCAUGUAAAGACAGUACACGGGCCAGAGGCGCACGUCACCAAAAAACAGCGAGGCGAUUACCCACGCCCUCCACCUCAGCUGCGGGAACCAGGGGGCAACAGCCAGGGCAGGUCGCCCGGACAGCUGCCCCUGGGUGGAUACACGGACCAAAGGGACUUCAACCACGCUACCUCAAAACAAGAUGAAUGUCUGCAGGUGAAAUCUAUCAAGACAGAGAAGCCAAUGACGUCUCAGCCAAGCCCUGGCGGUCAGUCUACAUGCAGCAGUGACCAGUCCCCCGUCAGCACCUAUCCCAGCAGUGGAGUCCAGCUUGCUGUGAGUGCCAGACGCUCGCCAGGGGAGGGGCUGGAGGAGGAUGAGGAGGAAGAGGAAAACGAAGAGGAGGUGGAGGAGGACUGCGAGGGGGAGCCAGUCCCCAUUAUGGACUCCACGGUGUCCACCGCAGCCAUGUUGACCCUGCAGGCGAGGCGAAGUAUUGGCCGGCCCCUGCGCUGGAUGGAGCACAUGAAGAUGGAGAGGCUGAAGCAGGUGAACGGAGCGCUGCCCAGGCUUGGGUCCCUGUCUCCCACACCACCCCCUAAAGGUUCAGCAUUGCCCAACAUCUUGGUGAAGGGAUCAUGCUUGGGCAGGCAGUGGGGGUUGCCUGCUCCUCAGCCACCUGCUCACCCUGAGUUAUCCAGCACAGAGUUAACAGUGCUCAGUUUGCUCCGAGACCGGCGUGACAGCAGUGGGAGCACCGCCAGUUCAGCCUACCUGAGCAGCAGCCGACGCUCUUCAGGCAUUUCUCCCUGCUUCUCCAGUCGGCGCUCCAGCCAGGCUUCCCAGGGUGAUGGUACAAUGCCGGCCCACCAUCACCGCCGCCUCCACAACCUCAGCUCCACCGAUUCUUAUGACCCCAUCUCCACAGAUGCCUCCCGCCGAUCUAGUGAGGCUAGCCAGUACGGAGGUGGAGUGGCAGGAGGAGGUGUUGGAACGCUCUCAGGUGGAAGUUGUGGAGGUGGGGGAGGAGUUGGCUAUGGAGGAGGAGGUGGGUCACGAGGGAUGCUCAAUUUAACCCCUGCACAGCAUUAUCACCUUAAGGCCAAGUAUGCAGCAGCUACUGGCGGCCCACCCCCCACUCCUCUACCCAACAUGGAACGUAUGAGUCUGAAGAGCCACAUGGGCAUGAUGGAGGAGGGUGUCAGCAAUCGCAGCCUACCACCUUUAGUAAGGCCCCCUCGCUGUGGUGAAGCCAAUGGUGGGUACAACAAUGGGUUUACGGGACACGCAGGUUACAGAAGGAGGGUUCUCUAUCCUGGCGAGGGAGCUUUUAAUGGGAAUCGAAGGGCCAGUGACCCAGUACGGACACAGGCUCCAGAAAUUUGUAGUCUGCCUCCAGUGCAACGGUUCAACAGCCUUAAUAAUCUCCAUCCUCUUCCCCCUCUGGCUCAUAAUUCUUCAGCUGAGUAUCGAAGUUUUACCCUUCAGAACUACACGCGCUCAGAGGGCAACCUGCAGAGAGGCCUGCAGCACUCAACAAACACUGGUAGCAUUGCAGAAAAUGCAGCCUUGGAAGCCUUGGCGAUGGAGGAUGAAGGCGAAGCUGGCUUAUUUCUUGGAGAUGAAGAUAUUUUGCCUGAUGAUUUGGUGCAGUAUCUACACUCUCAGAAUCAGAUGGAUGGAGGCUACAUUCAGAACGAGAGGCAAAUAGAUUCUAGCCAAAGGGACAGCUCCUAUCCAGCUGUGGAGGUAGGGGUAAACGGUACCUUCCCUGGCUCUCACCAUCUCCAGCCGCAGCAAAUACUAGAGAGGAAGAGUCCUAGUAAGCUUCCUAUCCAGUGGAAUGAAGUAAGCUCAGGAAGUGCUGACAAGUCUCCUCAAAGGGUACAAUGCCACCAUAUGCAAUGGCCUGAACCCAUAACUGCAUCAACUGGCAGGUUACGAAACACGCUGGUUCCCCAGCAGGUGUCUGUGGAUUUCCACAGCAGCUGCCCACAGGCUAACCAAUCUCAAAGCUCUAGCUACAAUAACACUGGGGUGAAGCUGGAGACAUCGCCUAACUCCUGCAUGGAGAUGAGAGGUACAAGCAUGUCAAACAUCUCACAGGGAAUCAGUGGGGCACUACCUCAAGGCCUUAAACAGCAGAUGUCCACUGGACCUUUGAAACAGAGCCAUUUCCAACAGAACAACAGCAGGACCAUGUGGCAGGUUGGAAACAACCUCAUGCUUACACGGGCCUCCAUAGACAGUCUACCUAGCCUGUCCCAGGGAACCACUCCAGAUCACAACCGGCCAGUACAUGCCCCAUACCCACCAAUGAACAGUUACAAAAACCUGGUCAAAACCCAGCAGUACUUCAAUCCACAGAGCUCGAGUGAAAUCCACCUAAACCCCAGCCAAGCCCAACUGCUACAGAGGAGUGGAGACCAAUGUUCUCUUGUGUGUGAAGUAUCAGGGCUGAAACUGGAGAACCUAGACCAUGGAAACAUGGGGCAGACCUUUGUGGAUUGUAUCUCCCAUGGACCAGCCGACUGCAAGUCUUCCUCCUUCCCUGUUUUGGAAGAGCAGAUUUUGUUAGAGUCCAUGACUGCAUCAGAAGGACCAGGGAGCUACAACAGGAACGCAAACGCCCUUCCCUCCCCUGGUACAGACCUAGUGACCAGCACAGUUAAUGGCCAAGUGCCAGACGUAUUAGACGAAGGGGUAAAUCUGGACUUUGGUGCCAUGCUGGAGGACGGUUAUGAUCAGGGUAGCCUGGUCUCUGAGGUAUUGAGCCCCUCUAUGUUCCAGGGCCUGUCAAGAACCUCGUCACGCCUCACAACCCCUCAAGGAUCCACCACCUUCAACAGCGUUGCCCCUGGCCUCAGCAACAUGGCCAUCGGAGAAAUGAGUUCCCUCCUCACCACCCUCGCUGAGGAGAGCAAGUUCUUAGCCAUCAUGCAAUAGCUGCUCCUUCUCUCCCCUUUCUCCUCUACAAGGGAUAAAAAAUGGAAAAAAAAUGGUGUAUGUGAAGAUUAAGACACAGAGUGGCAAUAAAGAGAACGUUAUAAGAGGUUGCAGUUGCCAUGCUGUUUUAUUUUAGGAAAAUGUCAUCCCAAACAGAGCAGGGAUGUGUCAUUAAUAUGUACAAAUAAAGUUAUAUUCCCUUUCUGGAAUUAAGGCUAUUUUUGAAAGCCCUUCUCUUUGUAUGUGUUGGUGAGCCAAAGCUCAUCUUCCUUAAAUCAGUAUUGUGUAUUGUCACUAUUUUAGCUAUUUGUAAAAAUGCAUGUAACUCCAGUUAAACCUUGAACACUGUCUAUAGGACUAGAAAGACUAGCCCCAUGUGCCAACCUUUUUAACGUCACAUUGCGGCUAAGACAUGGGUCGUCCAUUUAACAGGCCCUGAGGACAACUUUAUUGAUUUGUGGUAUAUUCACAUUUGUUUGUGUUGCUUUUGUAAGUCUGUAAAAUGCUUUAUUGCUUCGACCAAGUUUUACCAAGUGGUAUUUUUGUCCCCCCAAAAAAAACUUCCAAGUCUUCAGCGGCUGUAGUUCGUCUUCUACUUGAUAUCUUAUUGGCUUGAUUUUAGUUAGUCUAGUAAGGUACUCACAAGUGUUUGUAGCUGUUUGUGCUCCAAUUUUUAAUGUUCAAUUUUACGGCUCUUUGGAACUGAUGUGUAAACGGACGCUAUGUCCUAGAAAUCUUGGUGCUUUGCGUGUGCUUACAUGGACAUGAGUACUUCUAUGGUUUUGAAAAAUGUCUUAACUCAUGAAAUGUUUUUCAACAUAGAGUUGCUGUAAACAUGAUGUGUUUUGUUUGAUAGCAAAUUGUGCAUAUUGUUUUCUCCAAAGCUCUUAAAAAUCUAGAUUGUGUACUAGGGGUGUAAGGGUACAUUCAUUUGUUCUCGAACCACCACGGUACAGACAGGAUUUGCAGGUACAUGCAACAGGAUGACAAAUACGUCAAUCACACGCGAUCACCACUAUCAACUAAAUGAGUUUUGUACUGUUUUUUUGUUGGGUACCACAACAAAAAACGAAAGGAUUAGGGACUUUCUAAAGCACUCCACACCAAACUAAUGCAAAAAUGGCUGGUAAUAAUCACUUGUAUGAGUCUGAAGACACACCCGGUUGUUUUCAAUUAGCAGUGUGCAGAGUAAGGUUUCGAGUGAUAUGGCAGGAAUGAAGAACGAACGUUGUAAAUUUGUCAAACCCAGUGAUCAUAUAAUUGGGGGCUUAUGGCAAGCAAUUUUCUAUUUAUUCUAUACAAUUUACAUAAGCUACCAUCAACCACCUGACACUUAAGGUUCGUUUCUGCUGCAAGAAACAUUUCCAGGAACCAGGGAAGUUUUUUUUAUACCACCACCAUAUCCACUGCAGGAACCAGGGCCAAAUCAGAUACACAGGUUAGGGUUGGAUGUAUCCUGAAGUAAAGGUGGAGCGUUGUUGUGGGAGGAUGCUGCUGGUUCAAUAGUACCAGUAUCUGUUUCUUCCAGUUUAAACUACUCUAUAGUUCAUAUUUUCACAAGACAGGAAUAGUUGGUAUUUUUGCUUUAAAACAACAUUUAAACCCAGCCACUCAUGUUAAAUAUUGCUGUGUUUUUCAAAUACAUUAAUAAAAACAGUUAUCCUUAACUUAAAUAUUAAUGAAGUUAAUUAAAUUAAAUGCAGACUUCCGUUUCUGAGGAGGCCGAGGGAAUAUUGUUCUCGUCAAAGGCAAUUUUUUAAAGAUUUUAACUGGUAAUGUUACAACUUCCUAUGUAGAGUAAUCUCUCUGUGACAGAUUCAUGGGUUCGCGGUAUUAUUGUUUAGAAAUCUCGGUUAUUUUUGCAGCUGUAAUCCCUGUUCGCUCUUCCCCGCACACUCAGAAGUUGGAAAUUGGCAAUUCAUUGAAAAGCAGUUCUAGUUACACAUUUCCACAGUCUGUGGCUUUACUUAGCUUUUAUACCACAACCACAAUGAAACAACAUGAGAACAACGCUUUAUUGGUCUGAUUUCAGUGUUUUAAACGUGGAUUUUUCAGUCUUCUGUCGUGGUGGGCAGAAAUCUAUGGACACUUAUAACACUUAAAAUGAAAGCACCAUCAUUGUUGCUGGAGGAGGAUCCUUUAAGCCUCUAUGGACGUCAUUUCCUCAAGCUGCCUGAUUUAGGGCCCCAACAUGGAAACACACGAAGCUUAGGCUGAAAUAAAAGGUUCCUUGAAAUGAAGUUGUGGGUCGCAUAGUUGAAACUCGCUUUUAAUUGCAACUAAGUUCCUUACUAGCACCACCUAGUGUUCAAACAGGGAAUCCUUAGUUUAUUUAUUCUACAUUUUCAAAUUAGAUGGCGUUAUUCAGUUCUGCUUUUUAUUUGGCAUGACAUUUUCAGAUGAACUAAAAAACAACUUUUUUGUUUAGUUUUGUUUUUAUUUCAUAAAAAAAAAAGACUAGUCUGUUUUGGACUUAAUCGAUUUUGUUUGACAUAUGUUCUAAAGGGCGCUAUUAAGUUCAAAUUGGAAAAAAAAAAAAUUGAAAUAUUUGUAUUCUCGCUGAGCAUCUGCCAGUACACAAAUCCUAGCAUACUGUAAAUACUCUGCUAACUUGAAGACAUAGAAGAAAACUUUAUUUAUAUAGCACCUUUUACAGGUCCAAAACCAACAAGUGCUUUACAGGAAAAACACAGAUGAUAAGAACAUAAAAGAAAAGAUGAAAACAACAAACAUGUAAUAUUAUACAGCAUAAAACCAGCUAAAAGCCGGUCGGUCCAAAUGGCUUGGCUUAAUUGCUUCUGUUGUAGUGUACCGAACUUAUGUGUACUGUUACACCCCUAAUUCGUACUGCCAUCAAGUAUUGCAGUGACUUUGUCCAGCAGUGUUAGUUGUUUUUUUUUUUUUUUGCAGUCUUCUGCCGCUGCGCACUGAAUAUUGAGGAGUUGAGGUACAAAACUGUUUGUGUUUUUAAUUUGUCCUUGGGUACUUUUGUCAUUUUUGUAGCUGUGCAUUGGAGGACGUUUUUUUGUUGUUGUUUCAAAGACGUAGAGAUAAUUUCCUUUAACAGGAGGAAAUGACUGAGGUAUGUGCCUUAAACGAGAGAGAUCACUGCCAAUCUUCCAUUGUGUAUACUGAUAAAAAAAAAAAGGUGAAACUUUGAAACCUGAACGGAAAUAAAUGAGGACAUUUAUAUAAGAAAAGUCUGAAUAUCUGAAAAGUAAAGAUUUGCAACAUACAUUGUACUUUUUCUUUUAUUUUCCAAGUUUUCACAUUUAUUGUGCUUUUAUAUAAAUAUAGAUCUCUCUCUCUUUCUCUCUCUCUCUCUCUCUCUCUAUAUAUAUAUAUAUAUGUAAAUAAAAUACUCUUUCUGUAGAUUUAGUAAAUGAAAUGUGGAGUAUCCUGGGACCAACAAAGAACUUUGAAAUCAAGGAUUCCCGGGGCCCCCCCUCAGUCAGAGGUGUGGCAGAUCUGGCUUAGAGCGCUGCAACUCCGCCGGAAGAGGCGCUUCACUCUUUUAUAACUGACAACAAAUGUUUGUAUGGUUUUAAUAAAACAUUUUAAAAUAUA